UAAAGCCCCACGAGCGGCUGUUGCGGAGAACUAGAGAAGGGUUUUGGGUUGUGUUUUUUGCAGAAACUCGGACUCCCUCCGAUGCAGAUGCUUUGAGAAGGCCGUACCGGUGACUCCUUCAACUUCAACAAUGAAGCUCCUUCAAUUCAUUCAUGGACCUCAAAAUCGUUACCUCCUGCGAGCGAUUGGCCGCCGAUACUUCGCUGCUGCUGCCGCCACGGAAGAGUACGCCAAGCGCAACUACGCCAGCGAUGUCAAUGGUUACUAUGCUGCCAUUGGUUCUCUAACCAAUCUACGCAGGAAUUUUCUAUUGAGGGAUGCCUACGAUGAUAUGGUGUUGGAUGGGGUGCAGCCAACGCGAGACAUUUUCCAUUCUCUGAUCGUGGGUACCAUGAAAGGUGCUCGCUUGCAGGAUGCUUUUUUCUUCCGAGAUGAAAUGAAGGCGAUGGGUUUGGUCCCUGAUGUUUUCAUGUACAACCUUUUGAUCUCAACUUGUGGCAAAUGCAAGAAUUCUGACCAGGCAAUUCGGAUCUUGGAAGAAAUGAAGAUGUGUGAAGUGACACCAAAUGGGCAAACUUAUGUCUGUCUACUUAAUGCUUGUGCAGCCGCUGGUCGAUUAGAUCGAGUGUAUGCAAUUGUACGUGAUAUGACUGCAGCUGGAGCUGGUUUGAACAAGUUCUGCUAUGCUGGGCUUAUAACUGCUCAUGUUAACAAGACACACACAACGGAUGAUACAGCUUCUAAAAUUCUUGAGUUUGUUGAGCGGUCAAAGGGAUGGUCAUCAGUUGAAGCUUCUAGUGACAGUGCUGAAAAUGUGAUGAUGGGUGUUUAUGAAGAAGAAUUAUACAAUACACCAACUGCUGAGUAUGCUCAUCGGCGUAAUGGAUUUUUGAUUAGGGAAUUGACUGUUUAUCAUGCUGCAUUUCAUGCUUGUGCCGAACUCAGGAAUGUGGAGGCUGUGAAAACUCUUCUCGAUAUGCUUCAGAAGGAUGGAAAAUCUCCUGAUGUCUUCAUUCUUAUGCAAACUAUGAGAUGCUAUCUACGAUGUGGAGACCUUGAUCGUGCUCUUAAAAUAUUUGAUGACUACAUGAGCUCGGGCAAGCCUCCUAUGAUAGAACUUUUUGUGACACUUGCAGAGGGUGCGAUGAUUGGACAUACUCCAAGGGGAAUGCAAGUUGCUUGUGAAAUAUUGGUGAAUAUGAACUCCAGGAACUUUAACUUGCGUCCAAAAAUGGGAAGUGAUCUCCUCCUCCUAGCUUCACAGGACAAGACUGGUGGAUUUACCACUGCCAAUUAUAUAUGGGACCUGAUGCAAGGGCAGAGAAUGGUACCUAUGCUUCCUGCAGUAGAAGCAUAUUACAAUGGUUUAAAAGAACGCGCGAUACCUGAAGAUGAUCCAAGGUUGUUACAUGUCUCUCGUACUUAUGACAGCUUGCGCUUAAGACGGCCUUAGUCAAGAAGUUGAGAGAACGCAGAAACAUGCCUGCAAUAAUAUUUCCUGAAGUAGAAAUGUAAGUUUCUGAGCUAUUCAGUGGAAUCUUCAUUGUAUAAUAACAGGCAGGUGAUGUUAUUUAAGGUUUGUUGUUAGCUUACUAAAUGAUUAGUGGAUUUUAUGGCUUGAUUAUUGGGAACCAAUUACGUUGUUGUUAGCUUUACUGAAUGAGUAGUGGAUCCAUGGCAUGAAUACUUCUGGUAACAUUCCACUGCCAUGUGGUAUUGGCAUUUUUGCAUGGUGUUAAAUCUCCUCCUUUAAACA